CUCAAGAGAACUGAAGAACACACAAUUUCUCAUUUUCCAUCUCUAGCUCAUCUCCUACAAACAAGAGUCUGCAUAUAGCAGUAUAGAAGGCGUGUGUCUGCCUGUCAAUUUGUUGAUCUCGCUAGCGCGUGUGGCUUUGGCGCAUGCAAGCAGCAGGUUAGCUGAUUGCUAUCAUCCGCAUCGGAUCCAUGUCGGGAGCUGCCGGUAGGGAGUGCACCGGCGGCGGCGGCAGUCGUAGCAGCAGCUUCUCUUCUGUGAGCAACGCAUCACCUACGGAGGUGGAGGAAGAGUUCCUGCGGUACCACACCAAUCCGCUCCUCGGUGGCCCCACGACGGAGAUGCGAGACGACGGCGGCGUCACCGGCGGCCCCUCGGAUCAGCCGCCGCUGACUGUGAAGAAGAAGAGAAGCCUUCCCGGGACACCAGACCCGAGCGCGGAGGUGAUCGCGCUGUCGCCGCGGACGCUGAUGGCGACGAACCGGUUCGUGUGCGAGAUCUGCCACAAGGGCUUCCAGCGCGACCAGAACCUGCAGCUGCACCGGCGCGGGCACAACCUGCCGUGGAAGCUGCGGCAGCGCGGCGGGCCCGGAGGAGGCGCGGACGGCGGCGGGCCGCCGAGGAAGCGGGUGUACGUGUGCCCGGAGGCGUCGUGCGUGCACCACAACCCGGCGCGCGCGCUGGGGGACCUCACGGGGAUCAAGAAGCACUACUGCCGGAAGCACGGGGAGAAGAAGUGGAAGUGCGAGCGCUGCGCCAAGCGCUACGCCGUGCACUCCGACUGGAAGGCGCACGCCAAGGUCUGCGGCACCCGCGAGUACAAGUGCGACUGCGGCACCGUCUUCUCCAGGCGAGACAGCUUCGUGACGCACAGGGCAUUCUGCGACGCCCUAGCCCAGGAGAACAACAAGCUAUCCCAGCCCAUGAACAUGGCGACGGUGGCCUCAGCCCUCCAGGGGCAAGCUCCCCACCACCACCACCAUCACCACCUGGCGCUACCAUCGUCGUCCCAGGCGGCCGACGACCACGACAAUGCAGCCGGCGAUGACGACAACGACGGCGACGACUUCGCCAUCGACACUAAGAGCCCGCAGCUGAGGAUGCUCCCCGCCAUGUCCGACUCCGCCGCCGCCGACAACAACAACAACAAUAACCCGCUAUUCCUGCCGCCGCCAAGCAUGGCCGGGUGCAUGCUCUCCAGCCUGCAGCAGGGCGGCGCCGCGAGGCCCGCCCCGCCGCCGCCUGCAUCCUACUUCAGCGGCGGCGGCAAGGCAGCAGGCCUCUACGACCCCAGCGCGUCCUCCCCGGCGAGCAUGUCGGCCACGGCGCUGCUGCAAAAGGCCGCGGAGAUGGGCGCCACCGCCGGCGGGUACGGCGCGGGCGCGGGCUUCUCCACCGUCGGAUUCGGGCCCAUGAUGGCUGGGCCUAGCGUCAUGGGCCUUUUUGGGCCUGUGAAGACUCCUGCGGCGCUCUCGCUCGAGGUGUACGAUGGGAUGCCGUUGGGCCCGACACAGCUGGUGGGCCUCGACGUGGGCAGGCUCUUGCCGGGCCAGCACCACCUCUACGGCAGCAGCCAUGGCCAUGGGGUCGGCAUCGGCUCCAUGACCAGGGCCAUCGGGUCGCUGAUGCACGGCGGCGGCCAGCAGGCGGAGCAGCACCGGCGGCCGGACGACGACACCCGCGUCGUGGAUUACCUCGGCGUCGACGACCAGCGGACCUGUUUCAGCGGUGUGAGCCCCUUUGGGCCUCACAUAGGCCCAUGGGCUUAGUACCUAUGUACCCUGCCUGUGCCUGUUUCCCUUCCUCAUGCAAAUGCAAACUUACUACCCUUGGGCCGUGUGGUUUGUUUGUCCGGCGAGGUAACUGGGCUGGCCCUGUAAGAUGCUGAGGGUAUUCUUGUCAAUCUAGCAUCAUCCGAGUCACCGGAGCAGAAAAACCCUAACCCACAAAUCACCCCCCUAUAUAUAAACAACGGCUUCCUCC